UAAUUAAAAUCAUAUCAGAAAUGGAACAAGCAACUAUUAAGAUAGAAUACGAUCUAUAUCCUGAAGUCGAGGUACACUAUGCCGAAAGUCAAACACAAGGAAUCAUCAGUAAUGACGAUAUAAAAGAAGAACGACUUGAGAAUGUUUGCGAUAAUAUUAAUAAACAGAAAGAAGUUUACGAUAAUCAGAAUACAGGACAAACAACGAGUAGCAAUGCAACAAGUACUGCCUCAGAAGCUCCCGGGCACUUCCCAUGCCACAUAUGCGGUGCAGUCUUCGAUCAGCUCUUCCAAGUCACCCGACAUCUCAACGAGCAUGUUCGGCGAACCUUCCCGUGCGAGCACUGUAGCUGCAUAUUCAACUAUGAGUCCGACUUGGACACUCAUCUGCUUAUACAUAAUACACUCGGAGGACAAUUAUUCAACUGCGAUAUCUGUCAGAAGAAAUUCCCUAGCCAAGAAUUGCUAGAAGCACAUAAAGAUGACCAUAAAGACAACACCGAAGGCAUCCCAUGUCAAAUCUGCGGACUGAAAUUAAAAGCGAAGUACAGUUUAAAAAUUCAUAUGAGCGCUAAACAUCUCUCAGUUAAACCAUUUUCUUGUGAAGUCUGCGGGAAGCUUUUCCCAGCGCAAUGGAGGUUGACGGAACACAUGAAACUGCAUACCGGAGACAGCUUGCCUUGUACAUUCUGCGAUAAACAUUUCAUUUCACAAAGCAAGCUCGACAUGCACCUCAAGUCGCACACUGGUGAGAAGCCGUUUGAGUGCAAAGUUUGCUACAAGUGUUUCUCGAGAGACGCCAACUUAAAAAUACACAUGCGUUUACAUACGGGACAGAAAAACUUUGUUUGUGAUAUAUGCGAGAAGGCUUUCUACACUAAGUCAGAUUUAACGUCUCACAGGAAAAUACAUGAUAAGAAUAAGCCGAGGCCUUUUAAAUGUCCGGAUUGCGAAUCGGCGUUCGCUUUAAAAACUCAACUCAAGAACCAUUAUAUGGCCGUCCACAGUACAGAGACACCAUACUCAUGCGAUAGCUGCAACGUUAAGUUUAAGACGAAAAAGGCUUGGAAGUAUCAUAUGAUGCGACACUCGGACGAGAGGCCGCACAAGUGCAGUGUUUGUGACAAAGGGUUCCUCAUCAGGCAUCUGCUGGUGAAGCACGCGAGAACACAUACCGGAGAACGACCGUACGCCUGCCAGUAUUGCGACAAAACCUUUAAAUCUAGAUCUAAUCUAAAUACUCAUAUGGGUAAUGUUCAUAAUGAUGUUAAGAAAGCUCAAAAAGCAGAAACAGUGUAAAAUAUUACGU